UGACAGUGGGCACACGAAACGGUUCCUGAAAAUUAUCAAUAUCGUUAACAUGAUCAAUUCAUGAUCACUAGAAUCAAACACCCAAACAUCUCUAUAUCGGUAUAUCCUCAUCUCCAUCUCCAUCUCCAUCUCCUGCACUACAUUGCAUCUUCGUUGAAACAUUUGAAGCUUUAUCAUUACAAUUCCUGCAAUGUCUUUGUUCAAUGGUUUAAUUUCUCCUUCCAUUUGGGGAACUGAUUUGUGCUUAAAUAAAGGCAUUCACCUCAUAAUCAACCGCCUAAAUUUUCCCAAAAACUUCAACCCAUCAAUUUCUAGGGUUUAUGCAUUGUCUAACGACAAUCAACCUAAUUACAAGAUGAAUUUGAAUGAGUAUAUGGUCACCUUAGACAAGCCUCUCGGUAUUCGUUUCGCUCUUUCGCUUGACGGCAAGGUUUUCAUCCACUCUCUCCUAAAAGGGGGGAAUGCGGAGAAAUCAAGGAUAAUAAUGGUAGGGGAUACUUUGAAGAAGGCAGGUGAUUCUUCUGAUGGCCAGUUUAUUGAGAUCAAGGACAUUGGUGAUGCACAGAGUAUGCUCAAGGAGAGAAAUGGAUCUUUUAGCCUGGUUCUCGAGCGACCUUUUUCACCCUUCCCCAUAGAAGAGCUGCUUUCAAUGGAUUACCUUGACAUUCUGUUCAAUAGAGGUCAUGUCCCUGUAGCCACAUGGAGCAAGACCCUAGUGGCUUCAGUUUUGCAGGGGUCUAAUGAGAGCAGUGGAAAUUCAGGAUUUGUAGUCUUCUCUUCAAAGUUUCUUGUAUCACGGGCAUGGAAGAUGCUGACUUGUCAAAAUGGAAAUGGCCAUCCACUUGUACAAGUUAACACUUUCCCACCACCGCUUACCCAUCUUGUUUGCAUAUCUGCGGAAGAAGAUUCCACUGACGCUGAAUGGGCUCAUGGAAGCUUUCCAUUAGGUGAAUACACCAAGGCAAUUGAUCGUUCCAAAGGAGAAAUAUACUAUAAUCACUCUCUUGGUAUGCAAUACAGCAAGAUUACUGAACAGUUAUACGUAGGUUCCUGCAUACAAACAGAAACCGAUGUCGAGGCUCUAUCAAGUUUGGGAAUCACUGCUGUCUUAAAUUUCCAGAGUCCGAUUGAAGCAGAAAACUGGGGAAUCAACUCUAAUUCUAUCAAGGAGCGUUGUCAAAAAUGUAAUAUUCUGAUGAUCAAUUACCCCAUAAGGGAAGGAGACUCCUUUGAUAUGAGGAAGAAACUGCCUUUUUCUGUGGGACUCUUACUACGCCUGUUGAAAAAGAACCACCGGGUUUUUGUUACUUGUACUUCAGGCUUUGACCGUUCUCCAGCAUGUGUCAUUGCUUAUCUGCACUGGAUGAUGGAUACUUCACUGAACGCGGCUUAUAAUUUUGUCACUGGACUACACACUUGCAGGCCUAACAGGCCUGCAAUAGCUUGGGCAACAUGGGAUCUCAUAGCCAUGGUAGAUAAAGAUAGACAUGAUAGGCCAGCAACCCAUGCUGUGAUAUUUGUCUGGAACGGACAAGAGGGUGAAGAUGUGUGCUUGGUCGGGGAUUUCACUGGUAAUUGGAAAGAUCCAAUUAAGGCAGUGCACAAAGGAGGCCCAAGAUAUGAAAUUGACAUUCGACUACCACAAGGGAAGUACUACUACAAGUACAUUGUUAAUGGCCAGUGGAGGCACUCGACGACCUCACCAACAGAAAGAGAUGAUAGUGGGAAUGUUAAUAAUAUUAUUAUAAUUGGUGAUACAGCCAGUGUGAGGCCAUCUGUUCAGCAACACAAAAAGGACGCUAACAUAGUGAAGGUCAUCGAAAGACAGCUGACAGAAAAUGAGCGCUUUAUGCUGGCAAAAGCAGCCCGCUGCAUUGCUUUCUCUAUAUGUCCAAUAAGAUUAGUGCCCAAGUAGUUAUACUUAUGACGCUACAAAGGACAGAUUUACGUGCCCCUUACACAAGAUUUUAAGAGGAUUCUUCUAGAACGAAAUGUGAAGUCUGUUGAGUGUCUGGAGUGUAUUCAACAAUCUGAAAGAGUAGCUGCACAUUUGCGGGAAUUCGUUUUUAUGUAUGUGUAUAAACUUGUAAGAUACGCGACAGUGUAAACUUAUGGCAAGAGUCAGAUGUCUCUGUGCAGGCAGGCAACUGGAUGUUUGGAGAUUUUGAGUUGAGCUAUUGAAGCCAAUUGUAUGUAAAGAGGUAUAAACACAAAGAAUCCUGGUUAGAUAAGAGACUAAUUUAGCAUGUCCCAGUACAUAGGAUUCACAAAUUCUUAUUUACAAGUGGUGUACAACAAAUGUUGUUCACUGGAGUAAAAGUUGACUCAAAAUGCUUAAAAGUUACAUUUAUAUAUGUAAAAGUUAUCUAUUUUUUA